GAACGAUUGUGUUAAUUGCCAGUGAAAAAACAGCCAUUUUAAGAAACGGUAAAAAUAUCCAAACCGCUAAAAAGCAGGAAAAGUAAAGAAGUUUAAGAAAAGUAAAGAACCAGAGAUGCCUGGGAGAAGGAAAAGGGUUAAAAGAGUGGAUUAGCGGUGUGCCUGGCUAUGACUCAAAAGCAGCGUGCAGGUACUGUAAAUGUGAAGUCCGAGCACAUCACAGCGACCUGUUAGCUCACUGUAAGACAGUGAAACACAUCAGAAAUGCGGCUCAAUUUUCAAAUGCAAGAAGUUUAUUUGACACGGGAUUAAGAAAAAAGUUGACAAUUCCGUUAAAAUAUGAGUUGAAGCUGGCAGCCCAUAUUGCUUGCCAUUGCAGCAUCCUCACUGUAGAUCAUUUGGGAUGCAGUCAGGGAAGUUGCACAGAAGGAUAUUAGUCUUCAUAGAACAAAAUGCUCAGCAUUUAUAAAAUCUGUCAUCGGGCCCGUUGUGCAUCAGGAGAUGCUUGGACAUCGACAACGAGCCAUACUCUAAUUGUAGACGAAAGCACAGACAUCAGUGCAAACAGGCGACUCUGUGGUGUUAAGGUACUUCUGCAGAAAACUUUGACGUAUGGUGACAUCGUUUGCCAGGAUUGUUAGCUUGCUAGCCAGUGAUUCUCACAGCAUUGCAACAGCCUUAUUCAAAUUCUUAAAGGAAAACCAAUUGGAAGUGGAAAGAUGCAUUGGUCUGGCAACAGACUGUUGCAGUACAAUGUGUGGGAAGAAUAAUUCGGUACUAACAAAGUUUAGGUCCCACAGCACUCAGCGUCAAAAUAAGUACCGCGAUCUCUAUACCACGAUUAAUGUUAGAGAAGCCCCACUGAAGAUUUUGCAACUUUCUGACACAAGAUGACUCGCAAUUAUCCAGUGUGUUGAAAAAGUGCUUUCUCACUAUGAAGAGCGAAAGUUGCACUUUCAGCUUUCAAAGGACACUGAAAUGAACUACAAUGCUGAACUACUGUACCAGAUGUAUUCAGCUAAUUAGUCGGUAAAACAAGGCUUAGAAACAGUACGAGAGAACGGGUCCCAUUCAAAUGCAGUAUCGCAACAGUAAGACUGGGAUUGUGCUAUGCACUAAGGAAAAACUACACAAAUUUCCAUCGUGAAAUGGAGGAACUUGGCUUAGAGAACCCACACAGUCACAAGUUCUAUUCAGGGUGAUGUAGUGUGGAUGGUACCAUGUGAAAAAUGAGUAUCCUGAUCUUUGCACGAAACCUGCUGCUGGCACUUAGUCUCAUGCUGGUUCUGGGCUUCCUCUACUACUCUUCUGGGAAGCUGCACAUGCGUGGAUGGGGCCAAGAGUCACAUUCUGAGGGGGAUCCAUUUGUCUCCGUGGGACGAACAGUAGGCUCAGCGUAUGACAAACUAGGCUUCCUGGUGAAACUUGAUACUAAACUCCCACUAGAGUUAACAUACAAAUAUGGCAAUCUCAGCGAGGGAGCCUGUAAGCCUGGGUACGCAGCAGCCAAGAUGACGGCCAUCUAUCCAAAGUUCACUAGACCAGCCCCAAUGUUUCUAGAUCGGAACUUUAAACGACUCUCAAGAAUCAGUCAUUAUUUGCCUCCGUUUGGGGUCAAAACACAAGAAAAAGUAAUCGACAGUAUUUUGGCUCUCACGAAAAACUACGGGCUGUCCUCUGCUCUGGAUAGUAUGAACUGUAAAACAUGCAUCAUUGUUGGGAAUGGAGGGAUCCUUGCCAACAAGUCUUUGGGGUCCCGGAUCGACGACUAUGAUGUUGUUGUACGGUUGAAUGAGGCUCCAGUGAAAGGAUUUGUGAAAGACGUGGGUUCAAAAACAACAGUAAGGAUCACGUACCCUGAAGGAGCCAUCCAGAAUCCUGAUCGCUAUGAGAAGGACUCCCUCUUUGUCUUCUCCGCUUUCAAACCCCUUGACUUCAAAUGGCUAAAGCAGAUUGCAUCCAAGGAGAAGUUGCGUGGGAUAGAUGGAUUCUGGAAGUCGGUGGCCCUGCAGGUCCCCAAAGCGCCCACAGAGAUGCGCAUCCUGAACCCCUACUUUUUCCAGGAGGCUGCUUUCCACUUCAUCGGACUGCCUCAGAACAAUGGGCUCAUGGGGAAAGGGAAUAUUCCCACCCUGGGCACUGUUGCUAUAACAAUGGCCCUCCAUAACUGUGAUGAGGUGGCGGUGGCAGGUUUCGGGUAUGAUAUGAACACCCCUUACGCACCUUUGCAUUACUACGAGAACAUCAAGAUGUCUGCCAUUAAAGAGUCUUGGACCCACAACAUUGGGAAGGAGAAGGAAUUUCUCCGCAAGCUGGUGAAGGGCAAAGUUAUCACCGACCUGACAAACGGGAUCUGAAACAUCUCAGGGUUGGGAAAAAAACCCUUCCAAAUGAUUAGUAGAAGGGAAGAGAACCCCAGGAGAGGUACCAGACAACAGCUGAGUACAGAUAGGACCCCAUCUCCAUCAAAAAGACGGUGGAAAAGAAAACCGGCAAGGCGGCUGUAGCAAAUCCCCAGAGGAUCAGACAUGCUCAGCUGGCACCUGUGUCGUUGGGUGAAAGUUGCUGUGGAGUGUGGGUGGGUGGGGGUAUUUUACUUAGUGUUAUUUUUUGUAGCUUCUACAAACUGAAGCAUAAGUGUUUUAAUUUUUAAAAACAGUGGAAAAAAUAGCAGAACAGAAGACAAUGUGAUGUGCCAAAUGUACCUCUGGAGGAGACGUCCUCCGUAAUGUGUUUUGAAUGUAUACAACAACGUUAGACAUCAGAGAAUCGCCGCCUUCUCUUUUUUCGGUUUUCAGUUGUUUGCAUUGCCCUUUCGAUAACUACUUCUAUGAGAAAGUGUCCGUCCGGGUGUCAACGUACAUCUCCUGCUGCUAUCGCUGAGAAAGGGCAAGGUGCUCUGUUUUGAGAAGUUACUCCUGUUUUUAAACACCUGACUUACUGGAUUAUUUAUGUGAUCUUAUUUUCUCUGCUGGAAUGAAUACUGAAAACACAACAAACACAAACAAAAAUGGUCGACGGUUUCAAAAUCUCUACAAGUUUAAACAAAGAACAAAGAAUUCAUCAAGGAAAGAUGUUUUUGAUAUCCAUUCGUGCUUCCUAAUACCAGAGCCCGGACAUGUUUUUUGCCCAGUUGCUUUUGAGGUUUUUGAAAUUCAAGCAACCAACUCGUACAGUUUUUCAGUGCUGUUAUCAUGGAACCUGUUUUUUUUUUUUAGUUUUUGUUUUGUUUAAUUUAGGCUUGGAUCAUGCCUAGGUUGAAUGAACUUUAAUUUAAUAUGGAUAUUGGUAGAAUGAAAGUUAAGUAUUAUUACACCAUUUAAGUAAUAAUAUAUGAAUUUUUGUGUGUGAAGGUGGGCACCUAGGUAUCCACAGGGUCUCCAAGAAGUGAAGUGACUAAAAAGUAUCUUAGCUAGACAAACAAAAUAUAUUUAUUUUUAUCUAUUUUGCAAGGAGCUCUGGGUUGGAAGUGAGACUACUAUUGCUUAAUGGUUUGAACCAUUCUGGGUUUAACUGACAGAUGACAGUUGACUCUCUAACUGGUCUGCAGUGUGGGGUUUGCUUAAUAAUUACUCACCAGUGAAAUGAUUCAAACCAUUGUGCAAUAAGAGUCUUAUUUGAAUCCAUGGGGAUAUCGCUAUAAUGAAUUACUGUAGGUCAAUAUUGAUGGUCUAGUAUUUUCACAGUCAUUGAGGAAUAUUAACAAGGUGUCAUUUUUCUUUGAUAAUGGUUUGUAACGUGAAGUUUGAAUCGUAUACAUAUAACAAGUUAUGACUGUUACCAUAUCAACAAAUGUGUAACCAACACAUACAAAUCAGUUGUCAAAUAAAGCUUUUAAAAGUCACUAAAUAUCACUCUGAUUUUACACAUGUGUGCAAGUUUCAAACAUUACAAAUCUUAUUUAUACUGAUAAAGAAAGGCAAUGGUCAGAUUUGUGCACUCAAUUGAUUUCAAUUAUGUGUUUGUGUUUAACUUUUUAUGUAUUUUGUUGGCAGUAAGAGUAAAUGGAGGUCAUUGAUACCUGAGUCGUAUUUAGGAUUGAAAUUUAUAACUGCUACACUAGUUGCUUUUUUUUCAGCAGGCAAGUUGCAGGACCCUUGUAUAUUUUCUUUUUACAUAAUCCAUUUUUUGUUCUGAAACGUUGCUUUUCUUUAUGUACUUAUCUGUGACAUGAAUAACAAACGUAGCAUCCUUUCUCAUGUUUUAUAUAAUAAACUAUUCAUCACCAUCUAGCUAACUAGUGUGUUACACUCCAAUGCACUUUUCUUGAUUAGUGGUAUUCUUAGGUACAGAUGGAAGAUUAUUGUAAACACUAAUGGCCUGAAUCAAUGACUACAUCUGUAAACUAUCAUUCACUGUGCAGUAAGUGUUCACUCAUGCCAUAUUAAUACUGAAAGUAUAUUCUUAUGCUGCUUUUAUGUAUAAAAUAGAUUUAAAAAAAAACAACUGGGAAUAUAAUUCUAAAUAUGCAAAAUAUGUGGCCUCUCCAUGGUAUAAUUAAAUGUAAGGUGGAUGUGUGUUUUUUUUUUUGUUUUGUUUUUUUUCUUCAGAAUUCUGGUGGUAGGCUUUCCUAUCAAAAUAUUUUAGCAUAGCAACCAUACUAGCUUUUUAUCAUUAAGAAUGUGUACUUAAAAAGCAAAUUGCUACCUGCCGGCAGUUUUGUUUAAUGCCAAUUUGGGUUUUAUUUUCAGUAUAUACCGGUAUCUGGGGUUUAUUUCAAUUUUUCCAAAUAGCUGCAGUAUUAGAACGAAUCAAAUGCAAUGAUAUACUGGUUAUUAAUAUCAUUACAUAUAAGAAAUACAGUGAGUUCUGCCAAAACAAAUCAUGUUUAUAAAUUUCAGUGGCUGAUUUAAGAUCUGUGAUGAUUAACAUAGACCCCUAUAUCUAUAAUGUGAAGUUGUGUUUCAGAAAUGUUAUAUUGCAUUUACCUUAUAAAGAUCUCUCUUUUGUCUUCUGAUGUACUGUAUGAAGUAUAUUUUAAUGUUUAAUGCUUGCAGGUAUAUCUACAUACAGUGUACUGUAUGAACAAAUUCUGGUUCCCACUGAACAAAUAAAAAGGCCACUAGUUAUGCUCUCAGAACAAAUAGUCUCUCAUUUUAUUCGGCACUAUUGGAAUCUGCUCCAUCCCUCCCACCAUUAACACCACACUCAACAUCAGCUUUGGCUAGAAGCUGUAUGACCGCCCCCCCACCACCACCACCAU